UGAUAUACUCUAACCAUAGACUAUAUAACACUCACGAUGCAAAAGGAAGUGAAUGGCAGGUCGUAGAACCCUUUUCCGUGUCAUUUCGGCCAUAGAAGUGACGAGCGGUGGUUCACGCGGGAAACGGUGGACGGAGUUUUUGACAGUAAUCUGGGUGCCAGGGAAGCAGGAAGCAGAGAUGGGGGACAUGCUGGAGUUUAAUGAGAUCUACCAGGAAGUGAAAGGCUCCUGGAAUGAUGGGCGGCUGCGGUUCAGUAAGCAGACGGUGGUGUAUAAGAGCAGUAAGACGGGGAAAGUGGACUCUAUCCCGGUGCCUGAUCUGACCCAGGCUCAGUGGAGGCGUGUCUGUCUGGGACACGGAAUCAAGCUUGUCACCAGCACCGGCCACAUCUACAAAUACGAUGGCUUCAAGGACUCGGAUUUUGAGAAGAUCUCGGAGUACUUUAAGGCUAAUUACAAGGUGGAGCUGGCAGAGAAGGACAUGUGUGUGAAGGGCUGGAACUGGGGCACUGCCAAAUUCUCUGGGCCGCUGCUGUCCUUCGAUAUAAAUGACACCCCCGCCUUCGAGGUGCCGCUAUCCAGUGUGUCGCAGUGCGCAACGGGGAAGAAUGAAGUGACGCUGGAAUUCCAUCAGAAUGACGAUGCUGAGGUGUCUCUGAUGGAAGUCCGCUUCUAUGUGCCCCCCAGCACCGGGGAUGAAGGAACGGACCCUGUAGAGGCCUUUGCUCAGAAUGUGCUGUCGAAGGCAGAUGUGAUCCAGGCCACGGGAGACGCCGUCUGCAUCUUCAAAGAGCUGCAGUGUCUCACUCCCAGGGGCAGGUACGAUAUCCGCAUCUAUCCCACCUUCCUGCACCUCCACGGCAAAACCUUUGACUACAAGAUCCCCUACACCACUGUGCUCCGCCUUUUCCUGCUGCCACAUAAAGACCAGAGACAGAUGUUCUUUGUGAUCAGCCUGGAUCCUCCCAUUAAGCAGGGCCAGACUCGCUAUCAUUUCCUCAUCCUGCUUUUCUCUAAGGAGGAGGAUAUCUCUCUCACCCUCAACAUGAGCGAGGAGGAUGUGGAGAAGCGUUUUGAGGGGAAGUUGAGUAAAAGCAUGUCCGGCUCUCUGUAUGAGAUGGUCAGCCGAGUGAUGAAGGCCCUCGUCAACAGGAAGAUCACCGUCCCAGGAAACUUCCAGGGGCACUCGGGUGCACAGUGUAUUACCUGUUCGUAUAAGACCAGUUCAGGGCUGCUGUACCCAUUAGAGAGGGGCUUUAUCUACGUACACAAGCCGCCGGUACACCUGCGCUUCGAUGAGAUCUCCUGCGUCAACUUUGCCCGCGGCACCACCACCACCCGCUCCUUCGACUUUGAGAUCGAGACCAAGCAGGGCAACCAGUACACCUUCAGCAGCAUUGAGAGAGAAGAAUACGGGAAACUCUUUGAUUUUGUCAACGCUAAGAAACUCAACAUUAAGAACAGAGGAUUUAAAGAGAAGAAGGGCAUGAAGGGGAACGAGAACAUGUACAGUGACUCCGACGAGGACCAGCACGAUGCCUACCUGGAGAGGAUGAAACAGGAGGGGAAGAUCCGAGAAGAGGCUAACGACAGCGAUGACUCUGAGGGAGAGAGCGAUGAGUCAUUCAACCCAGAAGAGGAGGAUGAGGAUAUCGCAGAGGAGUAUGACAGCAAUGCCUCGGCGAGCGACAGCAGUGCAGAUGACAGCGAUGAUGGCGGCAAGAAGAAAUCCGCCAAGAAACCCAGAAUCACUGAACGCAAGGAAAAGAAACCGCGCAGGAAAGAAGUGAGAAAGAAAGCGAAGGACGCUGGCGCCCCCAAGAGGCCAAUGAGUGCCUACAUGCUGUGGCUCAACUCCAGCCGUGAGCACAUCAAGGCCGAGCACCCCGGAAUCUCCGUCACUGAGAUUUCCAAGAAGGCUGGCGAGAUGUGGAAACAGCUAAGCAAGGAUAAGAAAGAGUUUUGUGUCCCCUGGCAGGAGUGGGAGCAGAAGGCGGAAGAGGCAAAGAGGCAUUAUGAAGAAGCCAUGAAGGAGUAUAGAGAGAGUGGAGGCGGAUCCUCGGCCUCUGCCAAAAAAGAGACAAAGAAGAAAAGGGGAAAGAGUGAUGAGAAGAAGAAGAAAGGAGGGGGACGUGGAGCAGAGCGGGAGAAGGAGAGGGAGAGGGCCGGGGGAAAUGACAGCUUCAAGAGCCGCGAGUUCAUCUCCGACUCUGAGAGCUCAUCAGCCUCUGCUCGCGGCAACACCAGCAAAGCCAAGGGUUCAGAUGAAGAGGAGAUUGCCAGCACAUCCCCAAGCUCUGAGGAGUCAGGGUCAGACUGAAUUUUUGUGGUUACCAUCAAAGUAGUGAUGCCACUGCACGCCCACCAAUUGACGGGUGCAUUGGGAACUGGAGAAUCCUCGGUCAUUCAUUCGCACACAAACACACAUACACAGGCUCUUUACAUUGACCAACUCUACUUUCUGUAAAUACCUUUUUGUUACUCAACGGAACAGACAUCAAUAUUUUUUUCUCUCUAAGUUGCCAACAGUGUGUUUUUUUCCAGUAUUCCUGUGAACAUUGGUGUUUAUUUUUUUGCGACCACCAUUUUACCUCUCCAUUCUAGAUAUGGUUAUUUAAAAUACCGGAGAAUAGCAUCCUAACCAUUCACUGAAUUGUUGUUGUGAAUUUAUCUGGGGUACAGACGUGUGGGCUAUAUUCCUACCACCUUGUGGGUUAUGUUUGUAUUGUGGGACUUGUAGUGUUCCCCACUGUCUGCUUUUCACUUACUUGAGAAAUUAUGGUAAACAUAGAAAUAUAGUCCCCAGAUCAGUCUCAAUCUUGCUUUAAACCAUUUUUUUUAACCUCGGAAAAUAGAAGUGAAGCAAACUGUUGGCAUAGCACUUUUGUUUCAUUUUGUGCUCAGAUCAAAAUAAUAAAAUUGUCUUUUUGUAAGAAUAAAAAAAAAAGAUUUGUCUCUUCC